CCACUUUUCCCCUCCAGGUCUUGUGGACAGGGGGAGGGCUGCAGAGGCUCCAGGACUGGGCCAGGCAGAAGCCAGAGCCUCAGGUGCCUUUGGGAGGCCAGAGCAGUAGCUCUAGUCCCAGGCCCCUGCAUCUGACAGAGGAAGAAAGACCCUCUUGAGAUGUCUUCCAAUGAUGACCCCAUAGUAAUCCCAAUGCCAGAGAGAAAUCCCAGUGACCCUCCUGGAAUGAGUGCCAGUGGCCAGAAGACUUUGGCUGAAGAAGCUGUGUUGAGUUUUCAUAACAUCAGCUAUGGAGAAACAGUGCAGAACGGCUUUCCUCUUUGUAAAAAGACAUAUGUGGUAGAGAGACUGUCAAAUAUCAGUGGGAUCAUGAAACCUGGCCUCAACGCCAUCAUGGGACCUCCAGACGGGAGCAGAUCUCUGUUACUGGAUGUCUUGGCAGCAAGGAGAGACCCACGUGGAUUAUCAGGACAGAUUCUGAUAAACGGAAAACCCCGGCCCGCCAACUUCACAUGUACUUCUGGUUAUGUACCACAGAAUGACGUGGUGAUGGACACAGUGACUGUGAGAGACAAUUUAGAGUUCUCAGCAGCCCUUCGUCUUCCAAUGACUACAACAAGAGAUGAAAAGAGAAGGCGCAUCAAUGAGGUCCUUGAACUUCUGCAUCUGGAUAAAGUGGCAGAUCGCAAGCCUAGAUCUAAAGAGCUUAAGAAGAGAACCAGCAUCGCAGUGGAGCUGGUCGCUGACCAUCCCAUUUUGUUCCUGGAUGAACCCACCACCGGCUUUGACUUGAGUAUGGAGAAUGAUGUCAUCUCAGUUCUGAGAAGGAUAUCGAAGAAGGGACGGACAAUCAUCUUCUCCAUCAAGCACCCUGUGUACUUCAUCUUCAGAUUGUUCGACAGCCUCACCUUAGUGGCCUCAGGAAAAGUCAUGUUUCACGGGCCAGCAAAGAGUGCUUUGGAGUACUUCAAAUACCAAGGUUACACAUAUGAAUCCCACCACAUCCCUGUAGACUUCUUCCUGGACAUCAUUAUUGGAGGUGCCAUAAUCCACACAAAGGAGGACGACCAUGAAGCCAAAUUUGAUGAACAUGAAGAGUUUUUAGAGACAGAUCAUCAAGUCAUACAAAAAUUAGCCAGAAUGUAUAUCGAGUCCUCCUUCUACAGUGAAACAAGUAUGGAACUGGAUAGAGUCCUGUGGGAGCAGCAGGGGGAGAUGAGCUCAGCCUUGGAGGUCUCCUGUGUCACCCCCUUUUGGCAUCAGCUCGUGUGGAUUACACAUCGUUCUCUCAAAAAUGGCAAGGGUUUUCUAAGGGUCACUAUGACUAAGGCCCUUAUCACCGUCUUCAUGGCAGCAGCUAUAGGAAUCACUUUCUGGAUGCUAAAAAAUGUUUGUAUUGAAGUUGAGACUAGAGUCUUCCUGCUUUUCCUGCUCACAGGCUUCCAGUGCAUCACCAGCAUGUCUGCAGGGGAGAUCUUUGUGUUUGACAGGGAUCGCUUUCUACACGAGCACACCAGCGGGUACUACGGAGUGCUGCCGUACUUCCUUGGGAAGCUGCUGGCAGAGCUGGGACCCAGGCGGUUACUGCCAAUUCUUCUGUUUACUCCUAUAACAUAUGGCAUAGCAGGUGUAAUAGCAAGUGUGGAGGGCUUCUUCGCCAUGAUGUUCACCAUCACGCUGCUGACUUAUUCUGCAAGCUCCCUGCCACUGUCUGUACGUGCAGGGAAGAAAGCCGAGGCUGUGCCAACACCGCUGGUGACGAUCUACUUUGUGUUCAUGCUGGUUUCCUCAGGUCUGUCCCUAUAUUUUGGAAGCUUACUGCCUGCACUCUCAUGGAUUCAGUACUUUAACAUCCCUCACUAUGGAUUCCAGAUAUAGGCUCUGAGCAACUCUGACCCAGGAAGAUCCUUCCAGGAGCAAGAGAGGAGGAC